AAAAAAUUAAUCAGACAAUUUCAAACAGUCUCAAGUAAUUGAGCCACAUGGAGAGUGACAAUUUUGUAAUCAAUCAUAGAACGAUGUGGACGGUUUUUGGUGCAUUCAUCGUUUUUGCUUUGGCUUUUUGCUUCCAUUGCGAUGCAAGCCAAUCAUCGUCCAUAUCAGCAGACCCCCACAACCGAGUGUCUUUUUCGUCUGUAAAAGAGAUUCUGGAUACCUUCAAAGACUUUGAUUUAAUUGAAUUGCAAAAGUAUUUCAGUGCAAAUCCAAUGAAUCGUUACGCGAUCGUAAUUGUGUUUAAACAUCGGUAUUUGUAUGAACAAUUCGUAAUCAAUUCGCCCAAUUUGUCUCCGAAUGGAACGUUCAAUGACACACUGGACGUGGUGCAAAAUUUCGGUCACUUGAUAAAAAUGCUAAAAGUGGAUUAUCGAUUGUUGGACACGGAUCAAAGCGCAGCAUUGAAUAAAAUCCUCAAUGAUCGCUCUUCAUACUCAUUGGUUGACGUUGAAUUGGUGCAUUGUGACGAUGAUAAAAUAUUGGAUUUGCGUGGGCCAUUCUUAAAUGUUGAAAGUGUUCAGCUCCGCAUGGGCAAUUUGCGAACUAAUGCAUCGAGAUUUGACAAAAUUUUUCCGGCACUUCGUCGCUUGCACCUCGGUGAAAUGUACUACACUCACGCCGGCUGCUUCGAACACAAUUUUCCACAUUUGGAGAGCUUGACCGUAGAGUUUUGGUAUGGAUCGUAUCCACACACCGCAGUGCUGUUGGAAACAAGAUUGCGAGCGAAUCCUCAGUUGAAACACGUUACAAUCAUCCGAUGCACUUGGAAUAUGCUGGAAAUAUUGAGCAAAUAUUCGACGCAGUUAGAGAGUCUCACUUUGGAACAGUUUCACGAUGAUUCCGUUUUUGAAGGCAAAGAAAUUCGCUUCAAUAGUUUGAAAGUAUUUAAAUUCAAACCACGCAGUGCAUUUAAAAAAAACAUCGGCCGAAUUCCAAUUGUGUUCGAGAAAUUGGAGGAAAUUGAAUUUCAUAAUUCGCCCGAUGAAUGGAUUGCAAUCAUGCAGAAGAAUAAAGGAUUGAAAAUCGUCACAACUGGCAAGUUGGACGACUUGCAGUUUAUUCAUGUUUUAUGUGUUGUUCCAAAUAUUCAAGAACUUUACACCGGCUACAAUGCCAUAUCCCCAUGCAAUAACAUCCUUAGAUUCAUACGUGGCGCAAAACAUCUGAAGCGGAUUCUGUUUACAGCGUUUGAUCAUCGGGUAUUGAAUCAAAUUUACAAAAGAAUAGACCACGAAUGGGACCUCCUUCCUGGUGGAAUGUUGGUCAGAAAUUGAGACGAAGUUCGGCGAAUUACUAUGAAUUUGUUUUGUUUUCCAAAAUUUCUAUGGUUUUUGUUUUUAUACAAAUUUUGAAUGAAAUUCACAAGACUUUGUUUGAUUUAGCUGCUUGAAACCAUAUUAAAAAUGAAUUUUAGACUCAAACCAAAAAAUUACGAACAUUCCAAGUUGGAUGAUUACAAAGAAACAAUUCAAUACUUGCGAUUUUGAUUUGAUUGAUGCAAAAUAAGUGCCAAACAAUGACUUUGAAAUUGGUGAUUUUGAGCCAUUUUACACUUGUUUAGAUGACGAUUUGCGCAUGGACUGUGUCUAUUAUUCGUUUAUUCGUUUUGAUAGAUUUAGUACAUUUUAAAAUCCAUUCGAGUUGAAUUUUUGAAAUUACAUUCAAAGUACUUGAAAGUUAUGUCAAAUAAAUUCCAAAUCCACUUGACAAAA